CGUUGCAUUCUGGCCUUUGUAGUCCUUUAGUGAGCUCCCUCCAUUGUCGCCGUAGCUGCAGAGCUCAACUACUCUUGUCACAGUGAUGGCUUCAGGCAGCACAGUGUCACAGACAGCUGAAAAUGGAACCGGAGGAAACAAGAGGACACCCUGCCCGUUACACGGCUGCAAGCGGGUGUACACGGACAAGAGCGCCCUGGAAAGCCACAUCAACGACCAUGAGAUCACGGCUCAGUCCGUUCCUGGAAAGAUCUUGCUGUGCUCCACUGUUGGCUGCAGUGGUUCCUUCCCCAACAUGCAGAAACUGAUGGAACAUAUGAGGCAUCAUCACAAACCCAACAUAUUCUUCUUGUGUGAGAGCUGUCGUACAAAGUUGCGGUCCUACCGUGGCCUCCUGACUCACCUGCACACCUGUUCCAAAGUGCCACGGGGCAAAACAAAGCCGACUGAACCAGCGCCCCCUCAGCCUGCUGCACUGACCAACCUAAACAUGACCUCCAUGGCCAUGGACCAGAACCCCCCACGGCUGGAAUCAGUGUCUACACCCCAGCAACUGCCCUCUCAAAUCCCAAACCAAGAUGGUUCCUUCCCCACCGCUGUUACUCAGCCAGACUCUGCUGUCUCCCUUCUGCUCAGUCCCUCCUUCCUGUCUCACCCGGAGACCUCCCCUCCCCAGCUUGCUCCUCAGCAGCUCACAGAGGCAGUUCCCCAGCCUCUCCUCAGAAAUGGAGCCUCUAAUUUGCCUCCAUCUCUUAACCUGGAUGGCCCAUCAGCAGCUCCUGACCCUUCUGAUGCCCAGGGUCAGAACCACAUACAGACCAGGUCUCCUGAGCCUGUCCAACCUUCUCCAGUAUCAGCUCCUCACUCUCCUUCUGGGUCUUCAGCAGUCUGGAAGAAAAAUCAAGGUAUGGCCUGCAACAGACGCAUCCUUUGGGAGCACACUAAAGGGCGCUACACGUGUGUGCAGUGUGGCCACACCGCAUCCAACCGCAAGGAAAUGACUCAACACAUUAACACUCAACACACUGGUAACAAACCUGCAGAAGACACAGGGAGUUGUGCCUCUAACACAUAGUGUGGAAACAGGAGUAGACUCAUUUACUCCUUUGUCCUCUUCUGAUGAUGGAAGGUUCUGUCAGGUUUAACCAAACACUGACCGAUGGUUUAUGUAUAACCCAUCAUUAUUCUGAGUAAAGAGCCUGCAGCAGUGAGUUAUAUGCCGAUUAUUUGUUAGUGUUCUUAAAAAACAUUUAAUAUUACAUUGUCCAUUUCCACAAACCACUGAACGAGUUAUUGCAUAUUGCUGCCAGGCACACUGAGACUUUCCAUUACAUAUCAGACUGUACCUUCCAUACUUCUCUCACAUUUGAAUACACUUCUCGUUACCAUGAGGUAGUUCAUUACUACUACCACUGUUCUUUUAAUGCCAUGUUGUAGAGGAAUUGUCUUUCAUUCCAGUUUGCUGCUUGCUGUAAAUUAUAACCCUGCAAAGUUGAAAACUGAAUUUGCGUUUGUGUCCCAAAGUAAUAGUACACAAAGCAUUUAAUGUUUUUAGAGCCUUUCUCAGUUAUCUAGACUACAGAGGUACUCAACAUCUGGGUAUUGACAUAUAAAUGAUGGUUACUUUUUAUAUCACUGCAUACUGUACUGUCUCAUUGAAAAUAGCCACUGCUACAGUAACUGUUGGUCCAGGACUGUUAUACUUGGUCUAGAUACACAGUAAUUACUGCACAUAGAGCACAGGUGUUGCUUCAACUAUUGCUUCUCCCUGCAGAGGUUUUUCUUGUGUAAACUGUGUAUUUAAUUUUCGGCUUUUGUACCAUGCAAACUGAAGGAUGAAGCUGGUGUAAUUGUAAGUUUUUCUUCUCAACAAAUCCAAUGAAAAGAUGAGAACCAAUUAAAUAAGAACCAGUUUUACCCA